UGGAGCUCGCCCUGGGCCGUGCUGCCCAUCUGCCUGGCCAUCUGUGGCAUCCUAGGCACCACAUUCGUGGUGGUCACCUUCGUGCGCCACAACAACACGCCCAUCGUCCGGGCCUCGGGGCGGGAGCUGAGCUACGUGCUGCUGACAGGCAUCUUCCUGAUCUACUCCAUCACCUUCCUCAUGAUCGCCGAGCCGGGCAUGCUGGUGUGCGCUGCCCGGCGCCUCUUCCUGGGGCUGGGCAUGGCCCUCAGCUACUCGGCCCUGCUCACCAAGACCAACCGCAUCUACCGCAUCUUCGAGCAGGGCAAGAA